UUUUUAGCACCUGAUCGGCGAAUUUUACAAAAAAAAUGGUUCUUUGUGCUGCUGUUGGUUGUAAUAAUGAUUCAAGAAGAACGGCUGGCAUUAGCUAUUAUAAAAUCCAGUCUCGAGCAGUUGAUAUACAGAAGAAAUGGAUGAUUAAUCUAAGACGAAAAAACUACGUAGUCACGGCACACUCUUGUAUUUGUUCCGAUCAUUUUGAAGAGGGCUGUUUCGUUCGAGAUUUGCAGGCAGAACUUUUAAAAAUUACGAGGCCUCGUAAGAUUAAAGAUGACGCCUUACCAACAGUUUUCAAUCAUGGCAUGAAGAGUUUACCAACAAAACGGAGACUACACACGGAACAACGUCUGAAUGCAAAACAAAGAAAAUCGGAAAUCCAUAACAUAAUAUUAAGUGAUGUGUCCAACAUCAGUACCAGUACUGGUAAUCUAAUACAAGACAAUCCUGAAUCAGAUAUUUCAACUUUCGAAGCAGAACAUACAUAUGAAAGAAAGGAAGAAAGGGGCUGUCAAACUGAUUACAUUUUAUUUCCGGAUGUUUUUCCAGCUAAUACCUUCAAAGGAACUGUUUCAAGGGGUACGCAAACAUUUCCGAAAUAUUGUAAUUCUUCAACCCAAUACAGAGAAGAAGAUUUUCUUGAUGUGCAAAGUUUAUUAGAAUGUCAUUCAUACUGUUCUACUUCAAUAUCAACCCCCUCUCUUGAUAAUUCACAUAAUCCACAAACCAGUACACCAAAAAAGAAAGUACCUAUAGAAUUUCUUUCUGAUUCAUCAUCAUCAUCAUCUGAUGCACGUGACACAGAUUACCAACCUAGUCAGGGUGUUGGAGAUAGUUCAUUUUGUUCAAGUAAUGGUAGUUUUUCCAGUGACGAUGCAAACCCUAACAUCUGUUUAAGUAAAUUAAAUACAGUAGAACCACAUGUAGAUAGAAAAUAUAUUGUUUUUGAAAGUUCUUUAUGUAAGCUUUUUAAAUUUUGCCAAAUUUGUGGUAGUAACAUUAUUAAUACAACAAAAAGUACUAGCGGUUCAUUAUUAAAGGUAAAAAGUGUUUGUGUUUUUGGACAUAGUUGUACUUGGAACUCACAACCAUACAUCCGGAAAAUGCCUGCUGGAAAUUUACUGAUUGCUGCAGCUUUACUCUAUGCUGGGUGCUCUUAUGCUAAAAUGGAGGAGUUUGCCGAUUUAUUAAAUCUAGAAUUUUUUGGACAUUCGACGUAUUAUAAAAUACAAACAGAUUUAUUUACUAUAAUUAACGAGGCUUGGACAAAAGAAAGAUUAUCUGUUGAGAAUGAAUUAGUUGGCAGAGUACUGUGUGUAUCUGGGGAUGGAAGAUGUGACAGUCCAGGAUUCAGUGCAAAAUAUUGCACUUAUUCCCUGCUUGAUAGUGGUAGUGGAAAGUUAAUUAACUUCAGUGUUGUACAUGUUGGGCAAGUUGAACUGAAAUCCACAAACAUGGAGAAAGAAGGCAAAUAUAAAAAUAAUACCAAUCCAAAUUAA